AUGUUUGGAACACUUAACAGAGUUAAUUAUGAUGUUGGAUAUUUUUCUGUUGGGAAUUCUAAUAAGAUUAUUCUUUGUAUUGGUGGACUAACUAAUAACCUGUUUAAUCAUCAGUUAUUCAAUUUACUUGCUGACCAUUUACAUAACGAGUAUCAAGUAGUUAUUGCUCAACUCAGAAGUAGUGGGUAUGGAUUUGGUGUUUGUACUAUUGAUGAUGACGUUGACGAUAUUGAACAAAUUAUUCAACAAAUAAUAAGAGGACAAGAAGUACAUGAGAUAUUUAUUAUUGGGCAUUCAACAGGAUGUCAAGACAUAAUGAGAAUGUAUGAAAAACAAGUUCAUUUGAAAUACCCGAUCAAGAAAUGUGUUUUACAAGCUCCUGUUAGUGACAGAGAUUCUGUAAGAAAUGACCUUGAAGUGAUAAGAGAGAAGAAAAGAUUACUUAAAAAAUAUCAAAUGAAAGAAGAAGAUUUGAGUCAGAGCACAACCAAUGACGAAAAGAUUGAGCUAUGCCAAUAUAAAUAUUGUUCUAUUGUUCCUCUUCUAGAAAGAAGAUUUAUCUCAUUAUUUAUGAGAAAAGGAAAUGAAGACUUUUUUAGCGAAGACAUGAAAAAAACAGAAAUUAUAGAAAGAUAUAGAAAUGUCUCUUUGCCAAGUCUAUUUGUUUUCAGUAUGAAAGACCAAUAUAUUCCAUUAGACAAUACUCAAUAUAACUUAUUGAUUAAUAAAAUUAAAGAAUUAAAUUCUAAUAUUCAGGUAGAACAGAUCCAAGAUAAUCAUGAAAUUAGUGAAAAAGGCAUUGAAUUUAUUACCAAAAUAAAAUGUUUUAUUGAAUCAAAUACAACCAAUUAA